UUUGGUGAGAGGGCAAAAGAACAGCUUUGUCCUUUUAACUCUGCUCUGUCAUAGCAGCUUGAACAAUUCGCACUGAAGGCUGGCAGCAUGAGCUCAGCUAUCCUGAAGGUGGAGGCUCUAGAUGCUGAACGUGUGGUCCAGAUUCAUUGGGACGAUGGCGAAGAGUCUCUCUACCCUGCUGUGUGGCUGAGAGACAACUGCCAGUGUCCUUGCUGCUACCUGGAUUCUGCCAAAGCUCGUAAACUCCUCAUCGAAGCCCUCGACGUUAACACAUGGGUCAAGCACUUAACUUUGAUCAACCAAAGAAAGGUACAUAUCAUAUGGCCUGAUGAGCACAUGAGUGAUUUCGAAGCAGAUUGGCUAAAGAAAAGAUGUUUUUCCCAAAAAUCCAGAGCAAAACUCCAAAAAGAAUUGUUUAUGCCAGAAUGUCAAUAUUGGGGCGCAAGUCUCCAGCUUCCUACUCUGGAUUUUGAGGAUGUUUUAACAAGUGAUGAACAUGCCUAUAACUGGCUGUCCACUCUUAAGAAAAUCGGCAUAGUGAGGCUAACCGGAGCGGCUGCGCAACGAGGUGAAGUGGCGAAACUUGGCAAGAGGAUUGGCUUCCUGUAUCUCACGUUUUAUGGACAUACUUGGCAAGUACAAGACAAAAUCGAUGCGAAUAACGUGGCUUACACAACUGGAAAGCUAAGUUUUCACACAGAUUAUCCAGCACUACACCAUCCACCUGGGGUCCAAUUCCUUCAUUGCAUAAAGCAAACAGCCACUGGUGGGGAAAGUGAAAUCGUAGAUGGAUUUAACGUAUGCCGACAGCUCAAGGAGCAAAAUCCUAAGGCAUUCCAGAUCCUCUCCUCAACCUUUGUGGAUUUUACAGAUAUCGGAGUUGACUUCUGUGACUUCUCAGUGCAAUCCAAGCACAAAAUUAUAGAAGUAGACAAUAAAGGUCAAGUGAUUCGCAUUAACUUCAAUAACUCAACCAGAGAUACAAUAUUUGACGUCUCUGUUGAAAAAGUACGGCCAUUCUAUGCUGCCUUGAAAGAGUUUGUCGACCUGAUGAAUAACAAAGAAAACAAGUUUACCUUCAAGAUGCAUCCAGGUGAUGUAAUUACAUUCGAUAACUGGCGCUUACUUCACGGCCGACGGAGUUACGAAGCAGGAACAGAAAUAACUCGCCAUCUUGAAGGUGGUUAUGCAGACUGGGAUGUGGUUAUGUCAAGGCUUCGUAUCUUAAAGAAGGCUGUCAAAAUUGAAAAUUGAAUUUAAUAGUUGCACUUUUGACAUUAGUGGAACUAAGGAUGGUUUUUUGUAAGAAACAAAGUACUUAAUCACCACUUGCCACAAUCACUAGGAUAUGGAUGGCCAUAUCACAUAGAUAUUAAUUUCUUUGACAUUAAGAAUGAAGCCAGAUUCACAAGAUUACCUUUUCCUUUAUUUUUAUAAAUGUUAUGGCAACAAUAUUGGAUCCAGAAAAGAAAUGAGGAAAUAUAUAUCUCUCUCCUUUCCUUGGAAUGGUGGGGCUAUGGGUACAGAAUGUUAUAUAUACCACCAGGCAUGAUUGCAGCAUCAAUUGGUUUUGCUCAACUAUUUUUAUUUUGCCUUAAGGGGAAGCUCAGUAAGUUGGGAGCAGGAGAGGGGGGUAUAUCCAGAAAUGACUGUGAUAUAAAAAUAAAAGUUACUAAUAAAACUUUUUUUAAAAUGCUAUGGCAA